AUGACUACCGACGUGAAAGAACCCGUUCUCGACACUGAGCUUGGUGUACUUAACAGUACCCGAGCAGAUCCAUACCUCGUCGCUUUCAAUGAACUUGACAGCGAAAACCCCAAAAACUGGCCCGAAAAGCGAAAAUGGGCCGUCACAAACGUUCUCUCCAUAACCGGCUUCAACCGCAUCCUCGUCUCAACAGUAAUGGCACCCGCGCUCUCCGUCAUCGCCAAAGACCUCAAUAUGACAGCUACUCAAUCUGUCAUGGCACUGAGUAUUUACCUUUUAGCAACUGCCUUUGGUCCUCUUGUCAUUGGACCCUUGUCUGAGGUCUAUGGACGCAGGACUAUUCUUCACGUAUCUAAUAUCUGGUUCCUCGUUUGGAAUCUUGCGUGCGGCUUUGCGAACUCGAAAGAGAUGCUCAUCGGCACUCGCUUCCUCGCUGGCUUCGGCGCAAGUGCUGUUUAUGCCCUGGGCGGCGGAGUCCUUGGUGAUAUCUGGCGUCCUGACCAGCGUGGCAAGUCUCUUGGAUGGUACUCUGUCAUUCCUCUCAUCGGCGCCGCAACCGGCCCCGUCAUUGGCGGAUUCAUGACCGAUCGAGUUUCAUGGCGAUGGAUGUUUUGGUCUACGUCCAUGUUCCAAGUCGCAAUGGCUACUAUCUCGUUCACUACGUUCCGCGAGACAUACGCCCCUGCAAUUCUUAAGAAGCGGGCUAAGAAAUUACGCAAAGAGACAGGUCAGCCAUAUUACACCUAUGAAGAACGAACACAAGAGGGGCACACUUUGAGAAAGGUCCUCACUCAAGCCAUGACCCGUCCCCUUCGUCUUCUAGCAUUCCAUCCCAUCAUCCAAGUCGCAGCCGUAAUCUCCGCUGUCGGUUAUGGUCUUCUGUACAUCGUCCUCUCAAGCUUCGCAGACAUUUGGACACAGCAGUAUGGACAAUCUGUUGAGAUAAGCGGUCUUCACUACAUCUCGUGUGCAUUAGGUGAACUAGCAGCAUCACAACUCGGUGCGCCAUUGAUGGACUACUGGUUUCGCAGAACCGAACGUCGCAACGGGCAGCAUUUACCAGAAAACAGAGUACCACUAAUGGCAAUGGGUGCAUUCAUCGCCCCAAUUGGAUUCAUCGUCUAUGGUUGGUGCGCUGAGUUCAGAGUUCACUGGGCAUGGGUUGAUGUAGCCAUGUUCAUCACCUGUUUUGGCAUGCAGAUCUCUGGCAUGCCGUUACAAGCGUACCUGAUCGAUGCUUAUCCGGAUCAUACUUCAAGUGCUAUCGCGGCGGAGCAGUUUCCUCGCAGUUUGGCUGCUUUCCUUUUCCCGCUGUUUACACCAAAGAUGUAUGCUGCUCUUGGAUAUGGAUGGGGAAACAGUGCUAUGGCAUUUGCAGAGUUGGCGCUUGAGUUGGCUGCGCCGUUGCUGUUGUGGAAGGUUGGGGCUAAUCUACGAGCGAAGGCCACGUCGAGUCUGUAG